GCUGCCGACCUUAGAAACGAGAGUAUCGUUGAGCAUUUCGUGCGGUAUGUCCGUACCAGGCCUGGCCACAGCCAGUGACAGCAAUUGAUAGACGAAUUAAUUUUUUUGCGGACUGAUGUCGAGAACAACAAGAAGAAAUAAUUGAGACGUUUCACAGUUGGUGCCGUAUGUCGUUGUGUUCCGGUGAAUAAUAGAGAUCGCAGGAGAAAGGAAUACGCCAACGGAACGUGUCUCUCCUCGUAUUAAGAUUGAAAUUGUCGACUGUAGUGGCUACGGCUCACGAGACUCUUAGACACAGGGAAAUAAUUUCCAUGAUCGUUCGCUCGGAAUAGCAAUCGUCGUUGUUGUAAGAGUUCCACUUGUGCUCAAAUUCAUACAAAACAUUGGACCGAAGAGGACCGCUUUCGGAACUAGAUGAGAAAAUGUCCACGGCUUUGCUCGCCGUCUUUGCUGUUAUCCUCUGCAUCCUCUUCAGAAUUCUGAAUGUUAACAGUGCGCCCAAGAAGCCGGUUGUGCUUUGUCAGGAUGAAGCUUUCCUCACGACAAUCCUUAAAAUUUCACCCGUUAUAGCCGAACCGUACAAACCAACGCGGCUAUGGGGUUUCAGUGGACACGUGCAGACAAUCGUUCACAGUAUUAUAGGACGCGUACGGUGUCCAUGGCCAAUUGGGGAAAGAGUGUACAUUACUCUGCCUGACGAUUCCACUCUGACCUAUGACCUCUACCAACCACUCACGAAUGGCCACGAAGAUGACAUAACGAUCGCAAUCUGCCCUGGCAUUGGAAAUAGCUCGGAGAGCGUUUACAUCAGAACGUUCGUGCAUUUUGUUCAGUGUCACGGGUAUAGGUGUGCUGUACUUAAUCACAUCGGAGCCCUUUCGAGUGUCCAGGUCUCUGCGCCCCGGAUAUUCACGUAUGGACACACUGACGAUUACCACGUAAUGCUUCAAAGUCUCGUGGAUAAACAUCCCAACACAAGGAUAGUCUGCAUCGGAUUUAGUUUGGGAGGAAAUCUAGUAACCAAGUAUAUGGGCGAGAGAGGCUCGAAUAAGUUAGCGAAUAUUAUCGGUGGCAUCUCUGUUUGUCAAGGCUACAAUGCUAUCGAGGGUACAAAGUUCCUAUUGAACUGGCAGAACUUCAGACGCUUCUACCUCUACGUUAUGACCGAGUCUGUGAAGAACAUCAUCCUCAAACAGAAGAGCGUCCUUUUGUCGGAGGACGUGAAACAGAGGUACAGCCUCAACGAACGCGACAUCAUUUCUGCGGCUACUCUGCCAGAGUUGGACGACGCUUAUACGCGGAAGGUACACAACUUUAGGUCUGUAAAAGAACUUUACAAGUGGAGCAGCUGUGAGUUCUAUCUAGAAAAUAUUACCACGCCUAUGGUAUUCAUCAAUGCUCUUGAUGAUCCGAUUGUUCCUGAGCAGCUUCUACGACCAAUCAAAGAUUUCGCAUCCAGCCAUUCUAACGCGCUCUACAUCGAAUUAGCACAUGGAGGCCAUCUUGGUUUCUACGAGGGAGGUUUGCUGUAUCCAAAUCCCAUAACGUGGUUGGAUCGCACUUUGGUAUCAUUAGUGGGAUCUUUAACCUUGGUACACGCAGACAGAGCACUCAAGGUCUCUUAAUAGAUUCAACAACAUUUUACAUCUUCAACGCUUCGUCUUCAGAGUUCCAUCAAUUUUUCAACGUUGCUUUGGACCUUUGAACUUUGGAGUGAAAUGGUGUACUCUGCAUUUCUAUGCAGGGAACGAUGGCGGUUAAAACUCUAUAACACGAUAAAGUUUUCGGAAUAAAUGAUUAUUCGUGAAAGGAACAAAUAUAUAUACCAUAUAUAUAUGCUUGGUUAUUCAGCCCACACGCACCACCUGAUGUGUUUUUAUCAUAAGCAUCAAAUGAGCGCACUAACUGCAGAUGGUGCACUUGGUCUGAGAAUCUUGCAAUUUCUCAUUAACUGCUCGAACAACACUUUUUUUUAAACUAAGUAUAGUUUGAAAUCUUUUUUCGGGAAUUCUUAAGAAAGUCGUCACAGAAGUAUUUUUGAACUGCAAUUAUCUUUUUCGAAAACGCAAAGUAAGCCUACAUUUAUCCCGGAAACUUAGAUUCUCGUAGGGAUCCUAAUCAGAAAAUACGAUUUAUUCGACUCGGAAAGUUUAAAAGUAUUCAUCAAUUCUCAUGGAUCGUCGGGGAAUUGUAACGACUCACAUGUCAAAUGUAUUUAUUACUAAAUACAAAGCAUAUUUUGCAAUUGUCCAUAAAUUAGUUGCGUUUGGAGCAACGAGCUGUAAGGAAUAUUCAAUGUGUUUCUGUAUAUGUAUACAGAAACUACAGUCGCAGAAGUUCCAGUUGUUUUUCCAGAGUUAUUAAUUUUGACAGUAACAAGACUGGACGUUUUGCGGCGAUAGUACACAUAUUAUAUUACAGUUAAGAGAUAUUUAUAGUUUAUCGUACAAUAGAUUUAGAGAGGACCAUUCAUCUGAUUGGGUUGACAAAUCUUGUACCGGUUGUACGGUAAUGAUUUGUCUUUCAACGAUUUAUUCAGACGAAAAAUUCUCUUCCAUAUAUAUUUCUGGUAAUUGAAUAAUUUAUUUAGCCUUUUGGAUGCUAAGGAUCCAACUUGCGAGUCCAUUGGUUAAUUUCAUUUUGCAGUUUGAUUUCCAAAUUAAAAGUCGACAUCGGCGAAGGGCCAGACAAAUUUAAUAAGUUUAAUUAUUUGAGACAUCUUGUUUGAAAGGAUCUUUCUACGGACUUUUCGAAUACGGCGAUACCAGAAUGAGCAAUAUUAUUGUAAUUAUACCGAUGGUACAAAUAAGACAACACAAUGUCAUCCAUUGACUCUCAUCGAUGAAACCAUUGAUUCCGGAAUGGUCAGUUUAUCCGUAGACACAUGAAGCGUAUAAUGUACCUGGAUCACUGAAUUAUUGUAAUAUAUUCAUUUGUAGAGCGUGCCUAGCGUUGUGCUUUUCUAUUUUCACUUUGCGCAAUGAUAACGUUAGAUAGUCAAUCCCCAUACGAGGCCUACGAGCAUUCUAUGAAACAAAUGAACUUUUUUUUCAUUUCUUUCUCAAGUGCACGCAACAACGAAUGGAAAAAUGAAAACGUUGAUGCGAUUGCAGCGAUGCAGAUAGAAAUCAACGUAGCACUGCUGAGGAGAGUAGAAUACUUGAGUUGCUUCUCAAAACAAUUAUUAUUGAGAGUUUGUAAUAUUUCUAGAAACUAAUAAUAAAUAACUCGAUUGUGAUUAACGUUAAUAAACAAUGUAUCGAUA